AAAUCGAUUGUGUGUGGGACCCAGACCAGCAGCAGACGAAGAAACCGGGGUGGGCGGGAAUGCGCUGAAGCGCAUAAAAAGGCAUUGCGCGUGGAAAAAACUCUUGAUUCCUUAAGCAGUCCUCUGUUGUGCACCGUGCGGUAUGAAGCGUCUACCUGGAUACCUACCGACGUUACGCAAAUAUAGGUGACUUUCUUACCCUGCCGACUUGGAUUCUACUUUAUGAUGAUUUUGGAUAUGUACCAUCGGGAUGAAGAGAACCCUUUCCCUGCCCGAAGAACUAAGAUAAAAUAGGGUUUCGCUCACAUUGGACUUACUCCUCUCGUUCCAUAUGAAGAAGUCAAACAUUUGGAUAUGCACCUGUGUCCAUUUAUUGCUGUACAUUACAGUCGCUGCCUAUUCCAGUGAAAUAGGGAAUCCCAUUACAGAUGACAUCAAAAAAAUUUCUUUGUUGAAACAAAAUAUUCCAAAAGAUUACAAGAUUACAGUACAUUAUAUACCUAAAGAAGUGAGUGGCAUGUGCUGGGUGAAGCUAAAUGUAUUUAACUUGGAGAUGAGCUUAAAAGGCCUGAUGCAGAAAUUUGGGAACAUAUCUUCCAAUAAAGAUAACAUAGAAACUUUUGUCCAAAUUCUGCAAGAGAUGCGAUAUCACAUGGGACAUGGCUUGGAAGAUUUGAUGCUAGAAUUCGAUUGUCACUACAGAGAGGAGAUGUGGCUCACGGGGAUGUAUUUUGAAUUUGUGGAGGACUUUUUCAACACUGCCAAUUCGUCCAGAGAAGCGGAGGACUGCGAGCCACUACCAUGUCCCACAUCCACAAAAACAACAACAUUAACCACGACAGUGUCGCCGGCAUCGCGGCAGCAUAGUACAAAUGAAAAACAUAACAGUUUGCCUGAUGACUCGGAAAAAGGAGCGCUUCUUCCAAAAGUUGUGGAGAGCAGCCUCCUGUCACUCCUCGCCAUCCCAUUCAUUGCAGUGGUGUUUUUGUUGGUCUGGAAGAUGAAAUCUAGAAGAAAUGCCCCUCAAACCGAACGGAGUGCAGAAGAAGGCCCCGCCCUUUUCUCUGGAGAGGAAUCGAAUGUACCUCCAUUAGAUGUGGAGAUAUCUGAAAAAAACAGAUUAAAUAUUAUCAGGACAGUGUAAAUCCAGCUCGCAGCAUAUCAACACAGUUGCUUCUUCAGACCACGCAAUGGACAGACAUCAUCAUCCAGCACCUCUGAAAGUUUCUGAAAUCUUCUUCUCAGAACUCCUGUGAAGGACACAUGCCGGCUUACAAACUCAAGAAGUGCUCUUUGAGUAGCAAUGCCCUUUUUCAACAACCACUGCUGAACCCUUUGGGGUGGAUAUAGUCACUCCUUCUGAGAACUUCUGAGAAUUGUUCUUCAUGCCCUUUAAUGCUUCCUUCUCUCUGAGACUACGAGGAGACUGUGCGGGAGGAAGCAGGAAGAAAUGGACGCGGCAUCGGUUUCUUUCGGAAGUGCGAGGAGAACGUGAAUUCAGGGCAGUUCAGAAGGAGAGCAGCCAUCAGUUGCUUCAGAAGAUGGCCAUCUACAAGGAGUUUUAUUAAAGCAGAAUUGACUACCUCCAGCUGCACUGGUCCAUCUUUCUUUAUUCACAGUUGUUCUCUUUCUACCUUUGCUCUGGGUGUCCAGAUGGACGCCUUUCAAAUUUUUGGAGCGUUUGAAUCAGUAAAGUCAUUCAUCUGAUUUGUGAAUUGUUUUUAUUGUCGCUAUAAACUGGUGGUGUGGACUUAAUUUAUUUAUUUUCCGAAUAUGACACGGCACUUGCAUGGCAUCAAAUGAUUAUAGAGAUAACUUUCUGCGAUUCUUUAUUGCUUGUGUACUUUAACAAUAAACCCUUCACUCAUACUAGCUGCAACUUCGUACAGUAUGUAAUCAUAGCUCCUCAUUUGAAUUUGUUUUUAUAUCAGUUGUUCAAUUUGUUCCUCAACUGCUUAAAGUAGUGUUUCAGUACAGACAUGAUAAACGCAUUUCACAUUACAUGAUGGCUUUUUUAUAUAAAAGUAUAUAAAAUGUCUGUUUCAGUGUUUUUGAAGUAAUUUAGUAUGAAACCUCUGGUGGCUGCUAAUUUUAUAGAUGAUUCAGCUUUUAUCAAUGGUUGUGAGUUUGAUAGCUCAGAGAUUUUAAUUUAAAAAAAAAUUCUCGGAAAUAUUAGAAAAUUAAUUUGCAAAAUAUGAUCGUUAAUACACUUUGGCGCAAACGUAUGCGUCAAAAUAAACUAAACUAGUAUUAUGUCAACAUUUCUUAAAACGGUACACCGUAAAGUGUAAGCACAUAAAGAAACAUAGUGUCAGAUUUUUGCAUCUAAUUUUAAAAUGAAUCCCAUUUUUGCAUUGCAGGCACCUGAAAAGGUCGAUAAUUGACUAACUUCUGAUCCAAGAAACUUAAAUAACAUGCAUGUAUGCUUCUGCUCUCGUACCUUGUGCCUUUCAUAGCAUGGCUCUCCUGUAAAGAUUCUCUUGGAUAUCCAGCCAUAUAUUUAUUAUGGAAAAAUAAAUAUCGUAAUGAUGUUGCACUAGACAUUUCAGAUCAUUUUGCAAAAAAACCCCAACAAUCUCAAUCUAUUUUGGCCUCCUGUUUGAAUACAAAUCAAUUUAUGCAUGUUGGCAUCUCGAUGUCUUACAUUGCUCGCUCUUAACCUGUACAUACAGAUUUAUGAUAGCUACCAUUUAUAUAGACAAACGCUGAUGAAUUGAAGACGAUUCUCAAAAGAGAUCAGAAUAUUUUAUUUUAUAUAAUGCUUCGACCAACUGGUUGUGAUGAUCUGUAUUCUUCGUUGUGGGGAAUGACCUGUUGCCUCCAUUUUCUUUACCCAGAUUAUUUUCUUAGGUCGAGUGCGACAUGCUUUGAAACAUGUAAUGUGAAGUUGACUUUUGGUGAAUAAUCUUUUAUCCUGGUUGAGGUGGAUGUUUACAGAAACUUGUGUUAACUGGCAGCAGUAAAUAAGGUCUCUCAUCGUAGUGGUCUAAUGUUUUCAUGCAGUUAAUUCAGACAUUCUUAAAUAAAGCAUGUCAGUGGAAGUAUUAGCUGGAUUUUCCCAUCUUUAGAUCUUCUCUUUGUAGCUCAGGACAGUUCAGGCAAUGUUACAGUGUGUGAUAAGCUGAAGUGGUGUUGAACACGUAAGAGUCAUUUCUUUUCUUCGAAACACACCUAUGAAUAAUUCUGCGAACCUGAGAAGUACAGGAAUGCGUGGGUGAAGCUUCUUUUGGUGAUGGAAAACAAAAGUCUUUGUGUGUGCCCAGAUAAGGUUGCAUGUAAAGCCAAUAAAUAAACGGCGGGCAACAUCAGAAGGUUAAAGAAGUGAAAAUUACCUACAUGUUGUAUGAAUCUUGUGUGUGAAAAACCAGGCUAAAGCUGUGAAAAAGGCACAUAUGGCAUUUUUUUCGGCAGGCUAAGAUCCCCAGACUGCAAACCAUUGACUGAUUAGAGCCAGCCCGCGAAAUUCCUACCGUUGCCCUGAAACUACUGGGAUUGUUGGCAAAGUGUCGGGAGGCACUGUUCUCAAGUUCUUUUUUUUUGGUUUGUGACUUUGAGAUCAGAGGGGACGUACAAGAGAACUGAACCAGGAAAACGUACAUUUGGCACGUCCUAACUGCCGUAAUUGGAUCCUGCAUCAUGUUUGUACGACUGCAGAAUGCAUCUAGUCACGAAGUCGGUCAGGGUGCCAAAAGUAAACAAGGAAUUGUGGCCCAGUCAUUGUCUGGGUGACAGUCUACUGUAUUCUGUAUUUUAUAUGAAUAUAUGCAAAUAUAUGUAUGAGAUGUGAAUAAAGUAACAUUUAUCUACCAUU